AUGUCGGCCGCCACAAGCACAAAGUGCGCUUCGCGAUGGGUGACGCGAAUCAUCCCAAUCAUCAUUACCAGCACCAGCGGCUAUGCUACCUACGUGAUUGUUGCGUACUUGGGAGUCGACUACUUGUACAGGACUAGACAUGAACACGGUACCGCCAUCGCGACAAUCACGAUAUACCUCUUCUUCUACCUCUCAACGAUUGCAACAUACCUUCGAACCUUUCUCAAGAUCAAAAAAGACCCUGGCCUGGUCCCGCUGGGUCCUCAGGCGCAGUUGCCCGAUUCCAACUCGAAACGCAGGCGGAAGAAGGACGGAGACUUGGAGAGCCAACCGUACUUCACUGGUCCCGACCAAAACCCGGAUAGCCCGGGCUUGGAAGAUUUUUACAGCAGAGAUGUCUUUGUGUGCGAAAACGAUGGGCGUCCCAAAUGGUGCUCGGAAUGUCGCACUUGGAAGCCCGACCGCGCACAUCACUCCAGCGAAAUCGAGCGAUGUGUUCGAAAGAUGGACCAUUAUUGCCCUUGGGUCGGUGGCAUGGUGUCAGAAACCUCCUUCAAGUUCUUCGCUCAAUUCACCUUUUACUGCACCCUCUACUGCACAAUCUCACUAGCGACCGCGGCCUACUGUUUGUCGAGACAAGUGCGAGAGGGCGGAGCUGAUGGCCGGACAAUAUCUGGUGUUGCAAUUGCCGGAUUCUUUGGCAUCUUUACAUUCCUCAUGACCGCAACGUCGUGGAGGUUCAUUUUGCUGAACAUUACUAAUAUUGACGCGCUCCGCAAGUCUUGGGUGCAUCAACUCGCAAUUCGAGUCCCCAACGACACGAGCCCCGGCAACGGAUACGGGAUCGUCACAUAUCCUCUGCCAAAAUAUCCUCAGCGAGCACAUGAAUCAUCAGAUGCCACUGUUGAUAGCGAAUCGCCUAGAGAUCGCCUCGCAACCCGAGUGUUCGCCAUUGUCAGCACCGACCCCGACGAAAACCCCUGGGACCUGGGCUGGAGGAGAAACUGGACGUCUGUAAUGGGUUACAGCCUGAUCGACUGGCUUCUUCCGAUACGCGGCUCGCCGUGCGCUGUACACGAUAGCAUGGAGAGCGAUUACGAGAUGGGACCUGUGGUGCAGGUCCUGAGAGAACGAUACGGACUCCGGGACCCGAACCAACCAGCCUCGCAGGUUGAGAUGCAAGAAGUGAGGCCAAGCGCACGUUGA